GCCACUCUUCUCACGUGCAGCCCUAGUUUGUAAUCAGAACUGCGGAGGUAGCAGCUAAUUGCUGCCUGAGGCACAGCAAGUUGACAGCCUUUCAGUUUUAGAAACGUGGCUAAGUCUCUUUUAAAGUAAGAAACUACGAUGGAGAACAUCGAACGACAGCAGCAAGAAGGUACAUCAGACAACACAAGACUAGAAAUUAAAGAAGGUGAAGAUAACAAAGAUGUUCAAGAUAAAACUGAUGUUGAACAUUAUUUAUCCUCUCGGGGACUCCGCAUUAGUCAAUUCAGGAGCUUCAACGAGAUUGCUUUUAUCCAGUGCUUAAAUGACCCGUUCGAUAAACAACGCAACCCGAAGGGCGCACUGAACAUGGGACUUAGCGAGAAUAAAAUCUGUUACGAUGUAAUAGCGGAACGAGUUUCAAAAAUUAUCAUGGGUAACAUGGAGCCGGAAGCACUGCAUUAUGCUGACCAUCAGGGCAUUAAGAGUUUUAGAGAAGAAAUUGCCAACUUUCUCACAGAGCAAACCGCAUCUACCAAUCCAGUGAAUGCAGAUCAUGUUAUUGUCAUGAAUGGUUGCUGUUCUGUCUUUGCUACACUGGCAACUGCCCUGUUUGAUCCAGGAGAUGGAUAUCUUAUUCCAACCCCUAGUUAUUGUGGUGUAUACCCACAGAUGUGCAAGUAUGCUGAUCUAAGACCUGUUCAUGUGCCUUUGCAGAGUAAAGCAUUCUCUGGAGAGAUUCAUGCAUUUCAGUUGACCAUUCAAAAGUUAGAAGAUGCCUUACAGAUAGCCAGAGUACAGAACAUCAGAGUCAGAGCUUUGGUUCUGCUGAAUCCUAAUAAUCCACUGGGGACCAUUUACUCUCAAGAGUUAUUACUAGGCUGUCUACAGUUUGCACACAGGCUUAAACUGCAUGUGAUUAUUGAUGAAAUGUACAUGCUGUCUAUACAUGAUGAUACCCCAUUUACAAGUGUCCUUUCCUUGAAAGAGGUGCCUGAUCCACAAAGACUACACUAUAUUUGGGGAUUUAGCAAGGACUUUGCAAUGGGUGGCUUUAGAUGUGGAGUUUUAUUUACCAUGAAUAAAGAAGUUAAGACAGCUGUGACUCAACUGGCAGUUUUCCAUCAAUGUCCAGUUCUUGUACAGCACAUUCUUACACAACUGCUGUUUGACAAAGACUGGAUAAACUGUGUAUAUCUUGUUAAAAACAAAAAACGACUUGGAGAAUCCUAUCGUUUAAUGUUUAAUGGCCUUGCAGCUUUAGGAGUACCUGUUCUGAAAAGCUCUGCAGGACUAUUUGUAUGGGCUGACUUUAGAAAAUUUCUCAGUUCACCGACAUUUGAAGCUGAAGAGGAAUUAUGGCAGUCACUGGUUAAGGCGAAAGUCUUCAUUAGCCCUGGAAAAUCAUAUGGCUGUUGUGAGCCUGGGUGGUUCAGAAUAGUCUGCUCAUUUCCAAAAGAAGUUAUUUCUAUAGGUCUACAGAGACUUCAUCAGGGACUGCAAGCACACAGUCAAGAAUGUGGAUUUCCUGCGUUACAAAGCAAACUCAACCGCAGGAAGUGGAGCAUCACUAUCUAAUUUGAAAACUGAUUGUAGGGAAUUUGCUGUGAUAAUGAAAUAUAUGCUGUUUAAAAUUGUACAGAGAUGUUCCCACUUAUAGAACACAGUGUGUAAUAAACCAUUUAAUCUGUAAUCUAAACUCAAAGUAAAUCUCAAAGAAGGCA